ACUCGCAAAAAAUGUAAACAAUGGCUGCAAUGUGUUGUAAGGAUUUGCUAUUUGAAGCUUGUAAUUGUUAGAAUGUUGUAACGUCUGAAAACUCUGAAUUGUUUAUUUAUCAAAAUUCCGUAAAAUUUGCUCUCUAUUAAUAUAUUUGUCUUUAAGCUGUUUUUCCCUCCCCGAGUUUUUGCUAAAUAAUCUCUUAUUUUUAAUUAUGGCGCUGAAGUUAAAUUUCAAUGAAUGUGAUUUGCCCCGAGAUUGGGAAGAUGAUGUUCGUAUGAAUUUUUUAUUUAGUACAUUUCGUGAGCGAACUGUAAACCCUGAGGGUUGGGAUGCCAAAAUGAAAUUUUGGAUUACUCUCAUUCUAGAUAUUUGCAAGAAGAUUAAUAGUCCACUGAUUAACAAAAAUAUACUUUGCUCAUCUUUCGAGAGAAAAGGCAGAUUUCCAAUGUGUUUGGAUAUGGUUCUCGAGCAUAUGGCCAGCCAAAGCUUCGUAGUUAAUAUGAGUGAAUUUAGUAGAAUUGAAAAUGAAAAAGGUUGGCUUGGCUGGGGAUAUGAUGUUCUUGUUCAAAAACCUGUAUCAUGGGGAUUCUCGACUGUUCAGAAUCUUCUCAAGUGGGACAAAAAAGAUGAACAUCUAGUAGUUUUACCUGUUGUUAAAGACUUGGCAUCCAGAAUUUACAGACACCAUUGUGAAAUAACUGAUUCAGAAUCAGAUUCAAUGGAUGAUAUCAUGUUCCUCAGUAAUUUUGAAGAAGAAUGUAAAGAUAUUUGCACUGGAACAAAUUUUCAGCUUGCUGUGAUACAGUUACAAAAAGAUAAGAAUGCUUCUGUCUUCGAGGAAUGUGGUAAAAAGGUUAUCAGAUUUCGAAGAGUGAAAGAUGAGCAGGUUCAAAAUCUCUCUGCAGUUGCACGAGGAAUAUUAAAUCUCCGUGCAACAAGAAAUUCACUAUUGGAAGAAAUUGAUAAACUCGAGCAAGAUAUUUUAGGCUGUACUGCAGAAGUUAAGCAUUUAAUGAAAACGGGAUGUAAAACGAAAGCAAUGGUAGCUCUGAAGAGAAAAAAACGGUUAGAGAGUGUACUUAACAAGAAAACUACAGCAUUAGAUAAUAUAGAACAUUUUCUUUGCCAGUUACAAAAUUCUGGAUCUGAAAAAAAGGUAUUGGAUGCAUAUCAAGCUGGUUUGCAAGCAAUGAAAGCUGUGGGACAGAAAUUGAAUUUAGAUGCCAUUGAUGAUGCUAUGGAUGAAAUUGGACAGGUUUUAGAUGAGUGUGCAGAGGUACAAAAAACCUUAUCAAAACCUGUUACACCCGAUGAUGAAGAUCUUGCAGAAUUUGAAAAUGAAUUGGAAGAACUACUUGCUGAUGAAGAAAAUGUGUCUCCAGAGAUGAAAAAACCAGUUUCACCUGCUGCAAAUAGUUAUGCUGAUUUAAUGAGAAGGCUAGAGGCUCUUCGAGCUCCUCCUGAUGAUGUACCACCAGAAAAAAAGCAAGCUCUGAAAUAUUCUUUAAGAGCAUGAUAAUAAUGCAGAGUCAUGAUACUAUUUUUCUUGUGAGUUUUAGACCUAUUAAAAGGAUUUUAACUUUUGAUCCAUGAAUUAGUAUGUCCAUCAGAAAGGUGACAAUCAUCUUAUUUGGGAUUUAGAAGUUUGAUUAAUAUUUUUUAAAUGUAAUUUAUGCAUUUCAGAGCAUUUGUUUUAUUGUAAUAUACUGUCUAUAUGAUAAAUGUCUUUUAUUGUAUUAAAAGUAUAUAUUUACUGAAAAUUCUAGUGGAAACAAUUUUAUUAGCAUUUUAAUCAUCAAUGCAAUUUAUUAAAUUAUUUUGCAGUUUCCUUCAACAAUUUUCAUACUAAGCAUUUGUGAUUCACAUUUCUUUGUAAAUUUGGAUUUUUUUAUUAUGAGAUGAUCUGAUAUUUAAUUUAAAUGGAAGUGUAUAUUACAUAUUUAUGUAUAAAUAGAUGCUGUAAAAUAAAUUGGAUGCAAUAUAAAUAUUUAUUAAAAGAACAGAUAUAAAAUUAGUUUUAAGAAUUGCUUUUAAUAAUUUUAUAAUCAGGCUUUAUAUUUUUUGUGAUUCAUCAAUCAUACUCAGUUGCAUUUUCCAGAAUUGGUAUUUUAUUGCACGUGACUAAAUCUAAGCUUUAACCUUCUGUUAUAAUUAUAAAAGAUGCGUAUGUGCUUUAUAUGUCUCAUUACUUUCCAGAUAUUUUCUUUUUAUAUUUCAUAUUUUAUCCAGUGCUUUCAUUUACCCUUUGGCUGAAAUUUACUUCUUACAUAACUGUUAAAAACUUUUUAAGAGGAUGCAUAAUUACAGUAUUGUUAUAUUAGUUUUCAAAUGCAUAUUUAAAAGAAACUCAAGAUAAAAUGUAUAUUUUAUUCCAAGUACUUAUUUAUAUCCUCAAGGAAAGUUCAGGACUUUUUGUAUGAUAAUCAAUUUAUAAAAAUGUGCAGAAUUUCAAUUUGCACAAUAAAUAGUUGUUAAUACUGUGUGAAUAUUAGUUGCAGUAGAUUUGUAUGUAUUGAACUGUGAAUGAAAUGUUAUAUUGUCACUUUUAAUCCUUGAAAUGAAUUUUACUGUGUAAUAAGCUGUUUGUAAUAAAAAUCAUGUUUUUCCACUCAUA